GCCCAGGCCUUCUCAAUCAUCACUGAAAGCAUGUGCAAAUUGCUGGAUCGGAAGUGCCGAAUCUCAUAAGUUAAGGAGCCACUCCCCCAAAAUAAUGUCGCCCCUCGUCUUAGGAGGGACUUGGAAGACGAUGGUCCAUGCUUUUCUCAGUGUGGGGGCUAAGAGCUCUUUCCUUUUGCCUGGCACAUGUCCUAUCCCAAACACACGCCCGCCGGCUUCGCCCCGGCUGCGCACCUCGGACCGUCCCCGGACAGGAGAGUUUGCCCCAUUGGUGCGGUCACUGCCUUGGGGCUCAUGCAACUCUCAGUCUCAAUGUCUGCGGCAUCUCGCGUGGCCUCCUUCAUCAACAUGCAGAGCACUUGCGCUCACAUGGAUCCUUACGUUCUCAUUCUCAGGCUGCCACCAUGGUCAGAGCUCAUCAACACUGGCUGGCCGGUCUUCGGCAUGAUGUACCGCAUCGCGCAACAGUUGAGGGCUGAUGGGCUCUUGGAAGAGAACUUGGAUGACAUCUUUGCGACCCAGCUCUCUCAUGGCGCCCAGGCGCCCUCCUGGAGACGUGGAGCCAAGACCUUUUGCCAGCUGCUGGGCUACGGCCAUGGCCCCGAGGAAUCUGCUUGUCCUUUAGCGCAGGCAGCGGCGCUGCUGGGCCAGGCGGUGCAAGGGCCUGAUGCGGCGGAAGCCGUGUUGCGAAGGGCGCAGCACUUGGUUUACGGCCUACUGCCACGUGUGCCGGGCGUGAGCGAGUGCAUGCAGGCCCAGAACCUGCAUUUGGGCUUGAUGUUGUCCUCCCAUGGGCGGAUGCUUUUGGAGGGACUUUAUCGUUUGCAACUUCACCUGGAAAGCUGGUUUCAGAGUCCUCCAGGGGACGCUGGUCCACAGAAGAUUUGCCCAGUCGGUGGCGCUCAGUGGCAGGGAGAGUGGUUGCUGGAAACAGACUUGCUCAAGGACUUUCAGGCGGAGCUCGAAAAAUCCACGGUGCAGUGGGCGCAGCCGGUGCCGGCGACAGCAACGCCCCCUCGGGCGCGAGAGGCCUGGGUUUGCACUUUGUUCGCUGGUCCAGAGCUCCCCUGGCGGCAGAUGGCUUUGCAUGUGGAGCUCAUCAGGACUUUGGCCUAUUCCAUUCAUCGGGUGUCCUUACAGCCACGCCCAUUCGUGGUUUUGACAGAGGCGAGCCUUCCGAUGGACCUCCAGGAAGAGCUGCUGGCAGAGGGCUUCCGCCUGGAAUUCUUUCAUGCGCCCACCCUGGCGAUGAAGGUUCCUUCGGGCUACGAAUGGAAGCUCGGAUGGUUUCAAGGUCGGAAGCUCACUCCUACAAUGGGCCAGCUGGCAGUGUGGAAUUUGACCUCCUACGACACAUUGGUGAUGCUCGACGACGACAUGCUGAUGAUCCAGGCUUCAGACGAGCUCUUCAGCAUCCCAGUCUUCGCAAUGUCCCACGACCCCAUGCCACUGUGGUCCGAAGCGAUGGGCCAAUCCAAACAGUCGCGUCUCAACAACGCCGCACGCGUGGUGCAUCCCAACAAGCGCCUCUUUCGGCGGAUGGUGAAGCAGUUGCAGUCUGGUGGCUAUCGCAACCAUCCGUUGAUCAACUUCUGGGGAUAUGACCUGCAAAGCCUGGAAGACACCUUUUGGGGUCUGGAGAGUUCCCGCCUGGGCAUUGCCCGCUUCGCGCACUCGGGCCACUUCCGGGGCUGCGACCCACGCCUGCCCGGCAUCGCCUCGCGUCGCGCGCAGCUGGGCCUUUUGACUGGUGACUGGCCGGAAGAGAACAAAACUGCUCCUGUGGAUCCUGUGUUUGCACAUCCGAUGCAUUGUGUGCUGCCAGCCGACUACAACUUUUUCGUUGACUUCAAGAGUCUUUUCUCCAUGAUCUACUUCGGGGUUCAUGACCCGAAGCAGUUCAGCACCCGGUCUCUCAUCAAGCGCACGACCGACUUCCUGUACAGGAGCGGUUCCUUGGUGGGAGGCCCCAAGAUCCUGCAUUGGCCUGGAUCUCUGCGCAAACCCUGGGAGCGCAUUCAUCCCCGGGUGCGGAGCGGCUGGGACCAUCUCUGGUGGGACGCCCAUGAGCGCAUGUGCCUCCAGAGCCGUGUGGGUUGCCGCAUCGCUUGCACAUCGCCGGAGAAACAAAGUUGGCGAGAUCGAGAGCGGGCACGGGACGCGAGAUCGCAAGCGGGAGUUCCUUUUGUUUCAGGAUUUUGAGUUCCUUGGAACCCCAUUCCUCCUACAAGCAAGUGGUGCCCGCAAGAAGGUUUGCAUGGCACGGCCUAUCAGGGGGAUAAUUCUUCCACAUCAGGACUACCCAGAUGGAUUGCUUCAAAGUGUCAGUGGCC